ACCACUCCUCGCAAGACACAAGAUGCCCGGCACGCCCUUCAGCACGACGCUGCUCGAGCCGGCGUUGGCAAAGGCACCACACGCGCUGCCCUUUCUGCGCACCAUCGUGCCGCACGAGCCGCACACCGACGAUGCGCUGCUCGAGCACCUGGUGGCCGCGUCUCGUGCCGCGUACGCCGACGUCGACUAUCCGUGUCUGAUCAUGUUCCUGCAUCUGCAGUUUGGUAUCGCCAUGCACCCGGCCUACGCGCUCGUCGAGCAGCUGGCGGCAAGCAGCAGCGCCGAGCAGGUCGCGCUCGACGUCGGCUGUGCGCUCGGCAGUGACGCGCGCUGGCUGGCGCACCACGGCUGGCACGGCCGCGCCGUCGGGGCUGAGCUGCGGCCUGUGCUCCUCGAACACGGCCACAAGCUCUUCCGCGACGACGCUGAGAGCUGCGGCGUGCGCUUCCUGCUCGGCGACCUCUUCGACGCCGCCUUCCUCGGCACCGGCGCGUCCGCGACGUCCGACAGUCUCUCGGCGCUGAGCGGCCGCGUGCGCGUGCUCUAUGCCGCCUCGCUCUUCCACCUCUUCGAUGCAGAGGCACAGCAGCAGCUGGCACGACACUUCGGCGCGCUGCUGGCGCCCGGCACCGCUGCAGCGCCGUCGCUCGUGCUGGGCCGCCAGAUUGCGCUGCCGUCGCCCGGCACAUGGGCCACGGCCGACGGCGUGCACUCAUCGCUUGUGGCAAACCGCUGGGCCCACAACGAGGCCAGCUUCGAGGCGCUGUGGAGGACAGCACUGCCGGACAAGCACGUCAAGGUGGAGACCACGCGGCAGGAGUUCAGCGAGCAGGAGAAGCAGGGCGCCAAGCACUUUCGGCGAGAGGACACAUUCUUCCUCGUCUGGAGCGUGCAGGUGUGGGACAAGUGA